ACAAUGUCUGAAUGUUACUUUGGUGCCUGCGAGGACACGCCCAGCAGCCCCAGCGCUAAGACCGGAAGUUGAUUUUAUUUCACAGCCAUCGUGCCCAACGUGAUAGAAAGGUCGACAACAGCACCGGGCACGUCGACUUCAAAAUAAAGCUUUCCUGGUCGCUCUUUCUUUGAAAUUCCUACCGGAAGCAGUUCUGCCUCCAGUCCGGACGGCUUGACAUGGCGUCGCCAGUGUCCCCGGGCGGAGGCUGUUGCUGCGCGUCCCAGAGAGGUGUCUCCUCGUCGCCGUCUUUGUGUGACAUACGCCACCAGCGCGACCAGCAGACCGGUGUCAGUCACUAAAGGUGACGUUUUUUACCGUCUCGCUCGGCCGCUACACGUCGCCAUGAACGGGAAGUCGGCCAACGGCAUGGCGGGAGGAAUGGCGUGCAUCGACGGUCUGCCUCCGCUGCCCAAGAGCCUGAGCGGAUUACUCAAUUCCAGUGGCGGCUCCUGGAGGGACAUGGAGAGGAUGUACGUGAAGAAGACCAUGAUCCAGGACGACCUGAGCCGGGGCAGGAACAACGCCGACAACCUGCUGGCCAACAAGCCGGCCAGCCUCGACGCCGCCCUGGCUCUCCUGCGGAAAGAGAUGGUGGGCCUGCGCCAGCAGGACAUGUCCCUGCUGUGCCAGCUGUGGUCGCUGCACGAGUCCAUCCAGGAAUACAAGGGCAGCUGCCAGGACCUGAGCGCCGCCUCCAGCCUCAGCAUGAUGGACAACGGAUACUUCGAUGAGGACGACGAGUACUACCCGGACACGGGGGCCACGCCCACUGGCGACCGGCCGGGCGCGGAGGCCGAGAGCGAGGUGGUGGCAAAGAACGGCGGGGGCGUCGGCAAGGACGACAGCUGGGAGUCCUUUCGCGUCACCAUCUGAGGCCUGGGUGUGGAGGAGCGCUGGUUGUUGGGACGAGGGCGGGAAGGACCGGGACCACCGUUGGCGUCUUCUGCAGGGGGCGUGGCUUCCGCACCCCUGGACUGUCUAUUCUGGGAGACUUGGUUACGCUAAAAAAUGAGUCGACUACCUUUUGAUUUUUUCCCAAGCUACUGCCUCCAGUGCUUGUCUUCUAUCAAUGUAUCAACAAAGUUUUAUUUAUUGUGGUUUCAAUAACGCAGCAGCCGCUCUCCUUUAGUCUGGAAGCGGCGGGGAGGCUUUGCAGCCAAGACGGAAUUGAUUGCUAAAAGAACGUCAGGAUUGUCCCACCUCACGUGAAUGUGCGUCACGCUAGCAACGCUGGUCCUUCCAUUGGGGGGGGGGCGUUAGCACUCCCAACUGUCUGCUGUGCAGUUAGCUCACCUCAGAUUUACGUAGCGCUGAUGGCCACUUGAUUAGGUACACCCCAUCGUAUGGAUGCUUCUCUUAGUCCAUCUUCUUUCUUGUGGGGAGGCACUCUGAGGCUGCCUGGUGGGAUGCGUGGUGGUCAUCUACAGUCUGUCAUUCAAGUAUGAUGGCUUGGCUACGUUAGAAAUAUCCAUGCUUACCAAAGGAGAAUGUAUUUGACCCAAAUGAAGCCUUUUAAGCAUCAAGACCAGCAUUCAACUGACCAGUGUAGUACUCUACGUUGGCCACCGGGGGCAGACUAGAAUCACAGCCUUUUAUUGGCGCUUCAAAUGACAUCACCACAGCCCCAGCAAGAACGAUACGGGAUUCCUGUCCACCCAUCCUGCUAACUGAGAUGUCUAUCGAGCAGUCGGAGUGGCAAGGUGACUGUAGGGGUGCUAUGAUUCAGAAGGUGAUAAACAGGAUCUCUAUGCCUUAAGUACAAACGUAUUGUCGGGUCUUGAAGCCAUGAAGGAGGGAGUACCGUAUCUCAAGUCAUCCACCGAUACUGGACUAGACUGGCCUGGAGAGCAAGCAGACACCAAAUACAAAUCCACAUCCAAACCAUAUGAAGUAAGACGGGAAAAGUAGUCCGCUGAAGGCUAACCGUUAGCACAGUAGAAACUCCUUGAUGGAUUAGCACGCCAUCACGGGGGAUUUCUGAAUGUUCUGUCACACGUGCAGUAAGGGCCAGUCUUGGCAGGGUUGAUGAUGGAGAAUCAUCCGUUGGGGCGCAUGAUAUGCUAGGACAUCGUAACGAUACAUCCGAUGCCAUCCAAAAUGGCUACCCUAGCAUUUAAAAACACGUAAACCAGGUGCUCCUUUUCUUCUCCUGCCUGUGCUAACGUCCCCUCGGCUCACCCGUAAACAUUCCCAAUAAGCCGCCGUGAGUGGAAAGAAACAUCUCAUCAGCCACCUGAAACGCCAGCCCCGCUGCUCGGAGUGUGCGCCCCACUGCAGGGCACCUUGCUGGGCCACAGCAGGUGGCUCAUCCCCCUCUAAGCUGUGGUUCUCCUGGUCGUGGUCAUGUCACGUGUCAUUAGGACUCAUUCCCUCACGGCGUGCACAAGCUACACUUGCAUGUAAAUACAAGCCAGUUCUUCAUAUCAGCAUCAUGCAGUAUCGGCCUUGUAAUGCCCCCCCCCAUAGGACAGCAAAUAGCCUGCAGUGCCUUUCCAAGCCAUCACCUCACUCGCGCUGUGUUUCCCGUGUGGUGCUUGGCUGCGCCUCAAAGUUGGGGAAACGCAGCAGUCAUGUAGCGCAACAAACACGCCACGUCUCCGAAUGUCCACGUUGAAGCAAUGAAGGUUCUGUAGCAUCUCUUGGUGCGCCUCAGGUACCCCCCCCCCCCUUAC